CAGGACCCCAGGAGCCGGUAGGGGGCCAGGGAAUGGCGGCUCUAUACGCAGAAUGUUCCCUAUGUGCCAGUGCGGGCUAUUUUGGGACUCCCCUUAGUCAGGGGAAUAGAAGCCACACACGCUGCUCAUUGCUGCUGAGAUGUCAGUCUCUCCGGGACACUCAGGGGACUGCUCCUAGGGGAGAGAAACCCAGGAAGGGGCAACGUUUCGGGAUCAUGGAGAGCUUGUGUCCCCCAGACAUUGAGAGGGCAUCCACUGUAUCCCUGGGGCUGGAGGAUGAAGGGCCCCCCGACACUGUCCUGGACACAGGGGAAGCAGAGGAGCUGACGCAGAGUUUAAAAGAGAUUGUCCAAGCUGAAGAUGUGAAACCAAGAUUACAGUGCCUUAUGGCAAGCUCAUCCUUCUCUAUGGUAACAGUGCAGUGUGAAGACAGUGGGAUACACUGGGAGACCAGCUCAAGUCGAUGCUCCACGCCAUGGGCAUCAGAGGCCAGCACCACCUCCGACGUGUUCAGCUUGGAGAGUUCAGGUUCUGUUCCAGGCAAAGUUAUAUUUAUCAUGGAUGAGGGCAAAUUUUCCAGGAAAAAACACAGAUCAUCAUCAUCAUCUGGGUUACCACGGCAUUCAUCCCAUUUGAAAAGAAAUGCAGACCCUUCAAAACGAGUUCCUACAGAGAAUGUGGGGGAAGCUUUUAAACAAGCACUGGAAAAAGCUAAAGAUACUGUGAAUACAAUAAAAAGUCCCAAUUUAAGAAAUGGUAACCCUGGAUCAAGAAGUUCUUUGAAAAACAGGGCUACAGAAAUGCACCCACUUUUAGAGGAUACAAUGGAUUCUGCACCAACUGAACAGAAUUUCAAUCCAGCAGGCAAAAAGGAGGAUAUUCUUCAAAUUCCAGUGUCAAAAGAAAAUAUCUCAGUGUCACCCAUGGGUGCUGAAAACUCUAUUCCAUCAUCUAGUAAAAACCAAUCAUCAAUGACAGGUCCUUCAUCUACAAGUUUAAACACUUCACCUGAAAAAGCAGUUGACCUUGCAUUAAAUAACUCUUCUGUCAUAUCCAGAAGAUCUCGUUUAGAAAGAAUGAACAAUCCAGUAGUUCCUCGGAAACCCCUGAACAGUAUUUCAGAGAAUAUAGGUAAUCUCCUUUUUCCUGAAGGAGAAAAAGCUUUAGCAAAUUCUGAACUUGAAAACAGCACAGAUGAGCCACCUGACACUCAGUCACAUGUUUUCAGUAUUGUCUCCGAUGGUUCAGAAAUCUUAAAUAUUCUUGCUCCAGACCUUAUAUCAUCGGUUGACUUAGAAGCCAGUAAUCAAAUGGAAGAUAAACUAGAAUAUUUGGAUGAAAAUCCUAUGCUUAUACCAAAGCAAGUUUGUGAGGAGGCUGAUAUAUUAGAUGAUAAUGAAGAGCCAAAAGUACAGCAGGUAUUAAAAAAUAAUCAUAAUGAAAACCUGAAAACAUCAGUCGAGGAGACAGUAAAACCAUUAAAUUCAGACAAAGGCACCACUGAAGUUGACUAUUUUGAAAAGUUUACUUUAAUUGACGACAGAGUACCUAUUGAACCAGACUCUGUAAAACCAGAUCUCAAACUUGAAACGGGUCAUGCUACAGUAACAACAUGUGGUCCCUACAGUGAGAAUGAGGUGGCUGUUGAAGAUGAACUUUACUUGUAUGGCCAUUUAGAUGAAUCCUUUUAUGGUGUUUCUAAGGAAGAUGGCUUUGAAGAGCAAGAAUUUAAUGGUAAUAAUUCUAAUGGCAUUCAAGAAGAAAGAACACAAGAUAUACAGUCACCAAAAAUAUCCCUAUUUAAUGAAGAGGAAGGCACAUUGGAAAAAUCCUUGCUUUUUCCAACAUCUUAUCCAAUAAACCCAGAGCUUCUAGAGGAGCCACCAGCAUUGGCUUUUCUAUAUAAAGACCUUUAUGAACAAGCAAAAGGAGUAAAGAAUAAAGAUGAUUAUGACCAAUCUGAUGUCGAAAGUACCACUUCUGUGGCCACAUUUCAUAGCAGAAUUUCUGAUGAUGACGGAACUGGUAUCUAUUUCGAAAAAUAUAACCUUAAGGAUGAGAUACCAGUUAGUGAUACAAAAACAUAUUGUAAAAUUAAUUAUGAUUUACCUGAGGUUUCAGAUGACUUACAACCCAAUAGACAUGUUACACCUGAUAUAGAUGUUUACAAUACCACCAGUCUAGAUAAUGACAAGCCUCUUGGAUCUGAAGAGUUUACUGAUAUACAGACCAGAAGUAUGAUAGAGUCAACUUAUGAAGUUAUGCCUCACUAUAAUGAACUACCAGACAGCACUGAGCAGGAGAAUAUUGCGCCUGAAUUAUUGAAUAGUGAAAUAGCUGUUACUGAUGCUGAUAGAGGCAGUAUUCCUGAAAUAAGUCCAAAUGACCUAAUGCGUGACAAAGGGGAAGAGAUCAAAGGACAAGAUGAGACUGCUCUUAUUUCAGAAGCCACAGUCAGUCCAGCUGAAAAUAAUGUGGAAAUUCAUAAACCUCAAAAAGAAGAAGUAGUGUCUGGCAUACAAGUGGAAAAAAAGCUACCAACCAUUGUGUGUGAUACAAGCAAACCAACACUAGAUACUAGCCAAGAAAAGAAAGUGCUUGCAAAGGCUUCAGUUAAUGACAAGGAAAAACAGAUUUUAAAGACAGAUUUCGAAGAAACCGGAGAGGAAAAAUUUGUUAACGAAGAAACUGCUCCAGAAAGUGCAAAAGAAGCAAAGGGAUUGAGUGAAAUACAAGGUGAAGCAGAGUUUGUAGGGGAAGAAACUAAAUUGGCUUUGCAAACACUCAUUGAGAAAGAAGAGGAGGACCUUUGUCUACAAAACAUUGAGGAAACUGCUGAAUCUUUGGAUUAUGUCAUGGUUAAUCAAGAUGAUCUACCACAGCAUGAAAUAAUAUGCAAAGACAGUCAGUUGUUGGAACAAGAAAGUGAAAAGGAAUAUGAUUUAAUUACGGAUUUGGAGCAGGAUGCUCAAAAGGAACUGGAAGAUUUAGGGUUUGAAGUUAUAGAGCAUGAAAAGUCCCCUGCAGAUCUGUCAGAAGAAACAUUACAGUGGGAUGCAAAGAAGACUCAGCGUGAUACCUAUUGCUACACUUGUAAAAGUGCCAUAUUAUCCAUUGAUAAAAUAUUUGGCGAUCAUAAGGACCAUGAUGUCACGGCCUUAGAUGAUGUCAUCAAUGAAAUGACAAAUCAUUUGGAGGAUCUCCUGGAGAGGCUGAAGGAAAGCUCAAUGAAAACAGAGGAUUUUGUUAGCAGAGUGGAAUCGAUGUUUAAUGACGUUGAGAGGAAUCAUACAGAAAAUGAGAAGUUUUUGGAGGAAGAGAAUGAGAAGAUGAUUCAGAAAGUAACUGCGCAACGUACUGCAAAGAGAGAAAGCUUUGAGGAGUUGAAGAAGAUGAAGAUGGAUUACCUGUACGACCAGAUGGUUAGCUUCCAGCAGAAUGUUGAUACAGCAAGAGAGAUCUUAGAGAAAGCCUCAAAGGAGACUGAAGAGCAGGAUCUUAUAUUGUUUUUGACUUCACACGAUGAGACCAAUACCAGGCUCCUCUCCGCUACAGAAAGCACUCUGUCACUAGAUAAGAUGCCCAGCGCCUUCUCGCUUUUUGAACACCAUGCUGGGAAUUCUUCUCCUGGAGACCAGAAGCAGAGACACGUGCCAGUGCCACAGACGCCCGAUUUAAAGCCGCAGGAGCCCAAUUCAGCCACAAGCACAACCAUUACAAUUUAUUGGACUAUGAACCAGGAAGAUGUGAUCGAUUGUUUUCAGGUUUACUGCAUGGAGGAGCCUCAAGGAAACCGUGAUGAAAAUGCACUGCUUGAGGAAUACAGAGUCACUGUGAAGGAAAGUUUCCUCAUUUUGGAAGACCUUGAGCCGGAUAAAUGCUACAGUGUCUGGGUUAUGGCUGUAAAUUACACUGGCUGCAGUUUACCCAGUGACAAGGCAUUAUUCAGAACAGCUCCAUCUAGCCCAGUAAUCAAGGCAGAGGAGUGUACAGUGUGCUGGGAUACUGCUAUCGUCAGAUGGAACACAGCUCACCCUGAAUCCACAGAAUCCUUUACCCUAGAGUGGUGCAAACAGUAUCCAUCAGAGGGAGAGGGACUGAGAUCCGUUGCUGGAAUCAGAGAUCAGCAGCUGAAAGUAACUCUGCAACCGAAUGAGAAUUAUUUCUUCUAUGUGAGAGCUGCUAAUGUCGCUGGGUCAAGUGAGCAAAGUGAAGCUGCCCUUAUCUCAACCAAAGGCACGAGGUUUCACUUAUUGAGAGAUACUGCACACCCAGUAUUGGAGCUCUCACCCGAUGGAACUGAUAUUAGUAUUUCGGAGCAAAGUGAGAUAAUUGGGAUUCCAUUGGUGCUAGGAGAGGUGCUGCCUGCUAGCGGCUGCCAUUACUGGGAGAUGACAGUCGCUGGAUGCAAAGGCUACAGUAUAGGUGCCACCUUUCAACCUUCUCAAGAAGAAUAUGACUUGGAACAAGACAGCACAUCAUGGUGUAUGCAGUGUUGCUCCACCUCUACAAGUUAUUCAUAUAAGUUCCUACACAAUGAAGUCUUUAGUGAAGUCCGCUUGACAGAGCCUCCGGAUCGAAUUGGAAUCCUUCUGGAUUACAGGACUGGGAGACUCUCAUUCUACAAUGUCCCAAAACGCCAAGUCCUGUACACGUUCAGGAAUAGGUUUCAGGAGGCAUCUCACCCCACUUUUGCUCUAGAGACGCCUGGGAAUCUUUACUUGCACACUGGCAUAGAACUUCCACCUUUUGCUAAGCAGAGCUAACAGUGUGUGUCAUGUAGGGUGUUCAUUGCCUGUGGAACUCCUAACCUUGCUGUGUUCAUUUUGAGAAAUCAUUGCUCCAUAUGAAAAUGCUCAAAAUUCUGUUUGUUGAUAAGAUUGUCUCUUUUAGGAAUAACACUAAAAUGCAGCCUGAAUACUACUACUGAAUAACACUAAAAUGCAGCCAAAAAUAUGAUACAAAGGCUUACAUUGAGUUUAGAGUCUUUUACAAUGGUAUCAUCUUUAAUCUGUCUUUUUGGGGAAAAUGAUUAAAAGCCCAACUUCAAUAAUGUCUUAAUGAUCUUAAGACAAAUAGCCUAAUCAUAAGUCUUAAUGCAGGCCUCUUGUGAGGCUAAUUUCCAGUCCAGUUUCUUUUUUAGAGAGCUAAUCAUCAUUGAUCUGGCUUUCGUCUGUUUUCUCUACUUUGGGAACCAGGACAGUAUGUUACUUUCAGGUGGGAAACCCUAUUUUGAGGGCAGGACAAGCCCCUUUACUUUUCAGGGAAGAACAGAUAAAACAAUUAAUUUUUCUGCCAAAUAUUAGAUAUAUUCAGUAUAUUUAAAGAUUUCAAGUCUGCAGCCCUCCAGCUGUUGAACUGUAAGCCAACAUCCUACCAGCAGAUAACCUACUAAUUUGUAAGACUCCCUCUAUUUGGGGUCCAGUUCCUGCCUUGCCCUGCUUUACUUAUUGUUUAUGGAAGAGUGAGGCUAAGAAAUAAGAAACUUUAACUGCAAUGUUACUAUAGCAUUUAGUAAAAUAGAAGACUUCUUACAAAGUAUUUUUGAUGUGCAAAGUAUGGAUAAUAUAGUCCCAGUGCAACAUUUGCUCUAGGUAUAGUGUAUCCAAUCAGCAGACUAGGAAACGUUACUUACUGAUUGCUUUCUGUGGAAUAUUAGAGUUGAAGCAAACUAUUACAAUAGCCCUGUUAGUGAUAUCCAAAUUUAUGAUGGUUAUACAUCAUUAUACAAGUCCAUUAUACAAGUCCUGUCCUCCUGUUGGGGCUGUAUUACUACUAAUGCCCAAAACACAGAUAAUGUGCAGGCAAGGAGUUUAAAAACAGUGAGGGUUUUGAUACCAGUGCUUAUGUACAACUUUGCAUUUUAACAUAUUUGUGUGUUUUGAAAAAGAUCAACCCAUUAUUUUCUGUAUGAUACUAACAUAAAACAGUGUUUUACCUUU